UAAACUUAGCCGAAUUGUAUGAACCACAUACAAAGAAUGCUGGCUAGUUCUUGGUUUUUCUGCUGCGAAUUAUUAAAUGAAUACUCAAGACCGCAGCCCUAGCUAGGAGCCUGAGGUAGCCAUUAUGAAUGCUCAACUAUUUUUCUACCAGUCUAUUUGUACAGAUACGAAUAUAGGUGGUGAAUCAUUGAUGUACAUGUAUAACUGACAAACACAAGAAAAAUUCAUACAUGAAUCAUGGGCUGCUAAAGAAAGCCAAAGGAUUAAAUCAAAAAAAAAGAAAAACAGAAGAUAUAUAGAAGAUAGAAGGCAAGAUAUGGAGAUUGGUGAUACGAAAGAAAAUAUUGUAAUCGUGGGUGGUGGGAUAUGCGGCCUUGCCACUGCCCUUGCUCUUCACAGAAAGGGCAUUAGAAGCGUUGUCCUGGAAAGAUCAAACACAUUGCGAGCUACAGGGGCAGCUAUCAUCGUGCAUCCAAACGGCUGGCGUGCACUUGAUCAACUUGGUGUUGCCUCUCACCUUAGAGAAACUGCUAUUCCUAUACUCUCGGGACAAUUUCACUCACUCAAUAAUGACGAGCUUAAAGAAAUGCCUGUUGGGAAAGAAGAAUUGAGAUGUUUGAGAAGGACUGAUCUCGUUGAUAUUUUGGCAAAUAGUUUGCCACGUAACACUCUUCAUUUGGGGUGUGAAGUGCUUUCUAUUAAGUUGGAUCCCAUAACUUCUUCUCCUGUUCUUCAACUUCAAGGUGGAAGACUUUUGAACGCCAAGAUUGUGAUUGGAUGCGACGGAGUGAACUCUGCCAUAUCAAAUAUGAUGGGGGUGAAGGCUGAGAAAAUUUUCACCAUCAGUGUGAUAAGAGGCUUCACGAGUUAUCCAAAUGGGCAUGAACUCGGCUCUCAGUUCAGAUUAACCAAAAAAAAUGAUACUCAGGUGGGACAGCUGCCAAUGACCAAAAACCUAGUUUAUUGGUUCAUCACUCGAAAAUAUACUUGUCAAGAUUCAAUGGCCUCCAAGAGCCAGAAACUGAUCCGGAACUUGGCAGUGGACUCAGUGGAGGGCUUCCCUACAGGCAUCAUAGAGAUGGCAAAGAAUUGCGAGCUGGAUUCUUUGCAUCUCACAGAGUACUUGAGAUACCAUGCACCAUGGGACAUAUUACGAAGACGGUUUCGCGAAGGGACGGUGACCCUAGCAGGAGAUGCCAUGCAUGCAAUGGGUCCAUUUCUUGCACAAGGAGGUUCAGCUUGUCUGGAAGAUGCAAUUGUACUUGCCCGGUGCUUGGCUCGAACGACUCAAAUCCAUCGAAACGCAAGAGGAACUAAAAUGCAGGUGGAGGAAGCAUUUGAUGAAUACCUGAAAGAACGUAAGAUGCGAGUUCUGAGACUGUCUCUGCAGAUGUACCUGAUUGGGAAAAUGCUUGAUGCUUCAUCGCAGUUUGUUAAAUUCAUAUGCAUUAUCCUCUUGGCCGUCCUUUUCAGUGACUCACAUGGCCAUACCCGCUAUGACUGUGGUAGCCUCUAAGAUAUGCAUAAAUAUAUGGCUCUGCUUUAAGUUUAAUUAUUUGUGAAUCAAUUAAUAUAAAGAUACUAUUUUCCUAUUUUAUAUUUAUAGUUAUUACAUAAAUAACUACAAGGAAACUUAUAUGGAUGUAGCAUAAUAUAGUUAUUAUAGUUAUGGUGAUCUCAUAAUAUAGUUAUUAUAGUCAUUGAGUACAGUUAUGGUGGUCAUGUUAAUUGAUUACUUUUCCUGAAGUUUUCUUCUUCGAACUAAAAAUGUUUUUA